UAUGCAUAACUAUCUUUCCUGAUUUCGAAGAGUAACCACUACAAUCCAUGCCAACAGUACAAACUCCUAACAAUUACUUCUUUACAGCAACUGCACUAGGAUGGCGCGCUCCUUAUGUCUUUUUUCCUUGUUAGUUCCAAUUCGUUAAUUUAGCGGAACAGGAAGUGACAACACCAAAAGUGUAGUAGAGAUAUUCUGCAGUUAUAGAACGUGACCCAUGUAAAGAACUGUCUGAAGAAUAAAUGACAGAACGCUUUGUAAAAUAAUUUGUUACCUUGGGAUGCUGACAUUGCCUCGCUUGAUUAAACCAUGUCUGCUGACGAGAUAAUUUCAAUUAAUAUAGAAGACAAGACUUAUAACGUAAGCAAAAGUAAACUGAUAGAAAAAAGUGAUUAUUUUAAAGCGCUUUAUAGUUCAGGGAUGAAGGAGUCGUCGGAAGGCGUGGUUCAGUUGCAGGGAUUAAGCGUCAGCGGUAUUGAAUUGAUUAUUGGCUUUAUUAAUACAUCUACAAUACAGAUCAAUAACGAAACAUUAGAGGAUUUGAUAGAAACUGCAUCGUUCUUACAAGUUACUUCUGUUCUAAAUCGCAUUCUUUCCGAAGUCCGAUUAGAUAAUUGUGUAGAACUUUAUAAACUUUCUGAUGUUUAUGGUAUCCAUGACCUAAGGAUUGCUUGUAUGAAGUACAUGACAUGUCACUUCCAUCCAGUACUCAAGAGACCAGAAUUUAAUCUUUUGCCGAACUCUUUUAAGCAGCAAAUUCGAGAUAUGAGGAUGACGGGCAAUGCAACCCUUGUGGCUAUUGGGGACUUUACCCCUACGUCCUCUGAACUUGCUCAUCAAAGUGAACCAUGGUCCAUGCUCAAGUACGAUGAAGUUAUGCAAAGGUGGUUUCCAUUAGCUAAUACUCUCCCUACAAAUAUGAUUAAUGUUAGAGGGUAUUCAUCAGCAGUUUUAGACAAUUAUUUGUUUAUAGUUGGUGGGUAUAGAAUGACCAGCCAGGAAAUUGCUGCAGCUCACUGUUAUAAUCCCUGUAAAAAUGAGUGGAACCAGAUUGCUCCAAUGAACCAGAAAAGGUCUAAUUUUAAACUCCUGGCAGUAAAUGGGAAGCUGUAUGCUGUUGGUGGACAAUCAUUAUGCAGUGUUGAAUGUUAUAGCCCUGAGGCUGAUUGGUGGAGUUUUGUCGCAUCUCUUCCUGACCCACUUGCAGAGUUUUCAGCUUGUGAAUGUAAAGGCUUGAUUUAUGUCAUGGGAGGCUAUACUACAAGAGGUAGGAAUAUGAAUAUCCUACAGUAUUGUCCCACUUUAGACUCAUGGACUGUGUUUGAAUCUUGUGAGGUACAUAUUCGUAAGCAGCACAUGUUGUCUGUGGAAGACACUAUCUACCUUGUAGGAGGUUAUACCCACGAAUUCAGACCAAAUAAAAGAGCAAGACAAAAUGAAGAUGUCUUAACUGUGCAGUCUUACAGUAUCACAACAAGGGACUGGGUGUACCUCAAAGAGAAUACAUCAAAAUCUGGCCUUAACUUGACUUGUACACUGCACAAUGAUGGUAUCUACAUUAUGAGCAGAGACAUUACCACAUCUACAAGCCUUGAGCACUGGACUUCCUUGAAGUACAAUAUAUUUUCUGAUAUGUGGGAGUCAUUCAGACGUUUUCCAGCUUUUGGUCAAAAUAUGCUGCUUUUCUCACUGUAUCUGCCUAAGUUACUUUAAAGAUGAACUGUGUGCUACAGUAAACUUUUAGUUCACAGAUUCUUAUGUAAUGAACAUGUCAUGAAUGUGUGCAUGCACUAUAUUCUGCAGUUGGCAAAAAAAAGUUCAAACUUGAUUACUAUAUUUGCAGAUGCAAGUGUGUGAUCCUUGGGAAAAUUUCAGAAAAAUAUUCCUGAUCAUGAGCCUAAAUCCUAAGUACUUGAUUUUAUUCUAACCAUUUAAGGAGGUAAGAGUUUUCAAGUAGUGGCUAGGGUAGAAUUUUGAUAUGUGGACUUCUGUUAUUUUUUUAAUUUCCAUUGUUUUAUUUUUCUGUGCUUUCCUCACAGCCUUAUUUUCUACAAGAUUGUAUUUAGUUAGUGUCUUAGAGGACUGCUUUACUAGAAAAUGUAAUGUUUGGUAUUUAUUAACUUUCAGUUCACUUGCACUUGGUAUAUGUUUCUUUUUGUGUUAGCAACAAAUCCUUCUGCUUGAUCACAGUUGUAGACAUUGGACAUGUUGGCUGCUCAUGUUUAUAGAUCAUUUGUGACUUUUGUAAAAUAAUUGGAUGUUGGAAUAUGGAGGCAGAGUACCUGAAGCACUUAUUGGCAAUGCCACUUAUUAUUUUACAUUCUAUUUUUCCAGAAGAGGAUUUUGGUUGAUUAAACACAGAUAAAAAAUAAAUGCAUCUCAA